AUGGAUGAAAUCAGCACUGAAUUUCUCUUCAACGUGGAAGAUAUGCAAGAGGCACCUGAAGCCUGUAGAGCUUCUUCCGCCAUUAAAGUCCUCGUGAAUUCGAACAACAGGAAGCUCCCGAUAUAUCUAGAAAAAGAUGGCUAUCUUCGCCUGGAAGAUCGGAUUGAAGAGCUCUACGACACUUUGGAGAAGAUCAUGGACUAUGAGGUCGGCAUGGCCACACAAAGCAGCGCAAGCUCAUCGAGAGCACGAAAGUACCUUGAAGGUUGGGACUUCAAUGACUUGGCUACCAGUCGCGACAUUUUCUAUCCUCGUGUUGCCAAACUUAAAGCCAUCGGGAAAGGCUGGGUGGAUUUUGCCAGAGCUAUUCACGCAGUUACGUUGUUUGGUCGGCGAUUUGGUGAAGUUAUCCAGCCUAUCAGUACUGGCUCCUGUACCAAAUGGGCCCAAUUGCCAAAGGACAUGUACUACCUCGCCGCCUCUAUUCACGACCUAAAAGAAAUCAUGGACAUGGAUGGAGAUUCAGAAGCAAACCCGAUAGUAUUGGCACAUAACAUCAUUUGGCACAAUCCAGAUAUUUUUGGAAGCUGUCAAUGCGAGGUGGAAGGGCAGGAGAAGCAUUCGGACCUUGUUCAGGUCCUUUUGCCUUCGGCUCUUAAGAAGGGCUUGCUCAGCAAUCAUCAAGUUCCUUUAGAAGCUCGCGGCGCGGUGAUUUUUGGCCACAAUGAGUACUCCAGAUGGUUCUGGAACGAUACUGGAUACCCUGUAGUAGGAGGACCAUGGUCACCAUCAGAGGCACCCGAGAACGAGUUCCAUGACAGUGGAAUUGGGUCCGACACAGCUUCAUCGGCUCCGAAGGAAAGUCGUAGUUCGGCAACUUUAUGCUCUCGACACCCAUCAGGCGAAUGUAGAGAGACUCUUACGUGUGAGAGCUACACAGUUGGAAUUAUAUGUGCCUUGCAGAAAGAGCUCCUAGCGGUCCGCAUACUGUUUGACGACAGACAUGAAGAUUUGGAGAGGGCUGUGCGAGAUACGAAUCAUUAUGCAUUGGGUCGUAUUGGGCGUCAUUACGUUGUUGCUGCACGUCUUCCAUCUGGCGAAUACGGUACAAACGCCGCUGCCGAUGUUGUUUCCCAUUUGACCAGAAGCUUUCCUGAGAUCAAGUUUUGCCUUUUAGUUGGGAUAGGGGGCGGAGUGCCCUCGAGAGACAAUGAUAUACGACUCGGUGAUGUUGUUGUUAGCCAUCCAACUGACAUCCAUCCAGGGGUUAUUCAAUACGACCUUGGCAAAACAAGUGAGGAAAACACAUUUGAACGAACGGGAUCGCUGCAGCGUCCGCCGCGUUUCCUGAUGACAGCUAUAAGUACGUUAAUGUCCGACCCUGAUCUUCCAUCCACACGAUUUCAAGGUUAUAUCAAGGAUGUUACAGCAUGCAACCCAGCAUACAAGCAUCCUGGAGCCCAACAUGACAAGCUUUUCGCCCAGUGUAGUGGUCGGCAUGUCCGAAGAGCACGCCGUUCCGUGACUCACCCACUCAUCCACUAUGGUCUGAUUGCUUCUGGAAACAAAGUUAUUAAGGAUGCGGAAACUAGGGAUCAUCUGGGUGCAAAGUACAACGUUCUCUGCUUUGAGAUGGAAGCAGCUGGCAUUAUGAACGCAGUACCGAGUCUUGUUAUUCGAGGAAUAUGUGACUACGCGGACUCACAUAAGAACAAGUUGUGGCAGGAGUAUGCAUGCGCUACAGCUGCAGCAUACGCUAAAAUGCUUCUUUCUGUCGCAUGA